AUGGGCCAAAUUUGUGGCUUCACCGUGUAGCAGCGACGGGCCAAAUUUGUGGCUUCACCGUGUAGCAGCGACGGGCCAAAUUUGUGGCUUCACCGUGUAGUAGCGACGGGCCAAAUUUGUGGCUUCACCGUGUAGCAGCGACGGGCCAAAUUUGUGGCUUCACCGUGUAGCAGCGACGGGCCAAAUUUGUGCCAUGAUAUUUACCCCAAAAAAUAGAUGAUACAUAAUCUGGUCACAAAUGCUUUGAUAUAUAUUAUGAAAUAGUUUGUGUGAGGGGUGAUUUUUUUCUCAUUUUUCUCGCUUGGAAGGACCAUUAAGAAACAUGAUCCCCGCUGCUACCGGGUUAAUCUCCUGGACUUUAUUCCUAACUCUGGCUCUGCAACCCUGAUGUCCUUACCUCGUGGUUAUGUUGACACCUUUUGAGCAGCUAAACCAGACUGUUUCUGUAGUGCCAACUCAUGAGUGGAAGAGAUGAAAUGAAUACUACCCACAAAGGCGUCAUGGCGGACGACAAGACACAGAUCCGUGAGGGGUGUGUGGUGCUGGUGCAGAAAGGGGCGUACCUCAAAACCUGCCGACUGUUUAAAGGAAGGUCCUACACAUUUGGAAAGCGAGGGGAUGGUCAGUUCACUCUGAACCUGGAUGGCGCCCUCAGCUGCCCCUACGGGUCUUCCUUCCGCAUGGAGAAGGUGUCCAACAGGUUGUUCAGCGUUACCCGGGAGGAGCACCCGAUCAAAUCUCUCGACAUCGUCAAGGAGGGAGGAGUGGACAACAGGGACUUGCAAGAUGACGGCCGCUCACAGAAACUAACACCAGAGGAAAUACUCAAGCUCAAGAAUAAAGGGCUGACAGGGAAAGAGGUCAUUCAAGUAAUAACAGAAAACAGCUCAACCUUCAGAGACAAAACUGUUUACUCACAAGAGAAGUAUGUGAAUAAAAAGCAGAAGAAAUAUGGCGAAGUAAUCACCGUUCACAGGCCUACUAUACGUCUCCUGAACAACAUGUUCUACGUACAAGAUCCGCUCAAAAUUGCGAAUCUUCGUAUUGACACACUGUCUCAACUUUUGUGUCACUGCAACAUCCAGUCUGGCGGCAACUUUGCCAUCUUUGAGUCUGGCACGCAGGGCCUGGUGACGGCCGCCAUGCUGCACCGCAUGGGCACUGCUGGCCACCUGGUGCAGGUGUAUCACGGGGGACACCCACAGAGGGAAGCCGUGGACCUCAUGAACUUCACAGAGCAAGAACUGAGAGUCUUAUCUUUUAUCAAUGUCACUAAACUGCCGGACACCACACAGAGCAACGAUCUUACCUCACCCACCACCACCACCACCACCACCACUAGUGCCACGGAACCAAUGGAGACAAAUGAAAAGAAAAUGAAGGUUGAUGUAGGAGAUGGACACGUCCAAAACAACAAGGAGAGUAAAGAAGAGGAACAGAACUGUGAAAAUGAUGAACUGACAAACCUCUCCAAUAAAGAAUGUGAGAGUCAGGACACCAAAGAGCAGCAGAACAGUGAAAAGACCGAGCAGCAGGAAACUCCAGAGGGUAAAGAGCAGGAGCGGGAAACUCCAGAGGGUAAAAAGCAGGAGCAGGAAACUCAAGGAGGAGAGGAACAACCAAAGAAACAGUUGCCUCCAAGGCCUCGGAGGUUUGUGAGGACACAGGCGGAGGACCUGAGCAUGUCGUCGUCGGUGCUGGCGCGGGGCGUGGUGGGCCUGGUGGUGGCCUGCCGCCAGUACCCUAACAAUGUCACCAGAGAGAUGCUGCCCUUCCUCAAGCCUGGCAACCCCUUUGUUGUGUUCUCGCCUUACAAAGAGCCCCUGAUGGAGCUCUACUCUGAGGUGAGGGCACUGGGAGGCACCAACUUGAGAUUGAGCGAGACCUGGCUGCGGCACUACCAGGUCCUGCCGCAGCGCACACACCCGGCCAUCAACAUGUCCGGCGGGGGCGGCUACCUCCUCUACGGCACCAAGGUCAUCAAGGAGCCGUAGACCUUGCCAGUUUGCCCUCGGCUUUGCUCUACAAGGUAAGGUCUCGCUGAAUAUUUGUCAUGAUUUCAAAAAAGUUAAAUCUUAUUGUAAUGACAUGACAGUGAUUAGCUGGGAAAUAGUUCAGUGGAUACGAGAGAGAGAACGUUGUUUCCUGGUCUUUUUAGUGAAGGUAUUUAUUUUUUUGUACCCUCAAAUACCCAUACUUCUGGUUAAGCAGGGGUCCAAUGCCUACGACUUGAACUCUUUCAAGAGGAGGGUAUCAGGACAUCUCUCCUCCCGUAUUUGACCUUGCUUUUGGACACCUCUUUUGUUUCUUUUUUAGGAGCAGCGAGUAGCGGGCUUUUUUUUUAUUAUUGUUUACUUUUAUUGUGUGUGCCCUUGAGCUGCCUCCUUUGUUGUAAAAAAAAAAAAAAAAAUGUGUGAAAAGUGAUGUAAAUAAAACUGCGCUGGUUGAAGGCGACUGACUGUAUGGCUUUUAAAAUUGAUGCAUUGCCGUCACCUUAAAAGUAGUUCACAUGGUGGCGUCUCGUGUUGUGUUGGUCAUUAUGGAAAUUUGUGUCUUCCGCUGGGUAAGGCAAAAACAUCAGAGUGAGCUUGCAGACAUGAGUGUUACUGUUAUCAUCUUGGCAUGAUGGCUCACAGCUUAAGUUAUGGGAGGCGAAAAAAUGUUCGCCCCAAAUGUUCCUUCAGGAGGAGUGUAUCAGGACACCUCUCCUCCUGAAAUUGACCUCUCUUUUGGCCACUUCUCUUAACUUUUUUGAUAGGAACAGUGGUUUGCAGGCUUUUUGUUUUUUUUUUUUUUUUUUUUUUUGCCCUAGAGCUGUUUCCUUUACUGUAAAAAAAAAAAAAUCCCUCCUUUCAAGACAUCCUCACCUUUAACAAGUGCUUACUCUGCUCACGAUCACCCAAAGGAGGUUCUUACUCUGCUGCGUCUGUGUGUUGCUGAAACAAUGCCGGUUCAUAUGUUUUUGUUGUGAUCCGAUACUAAUUUGUGAACUAUUUUUGUAAUAUAUUUAUAUGACUAGGCAAGUGUCUUUAAUAAAAUAUCAUAUCUGAAGGGGCAUGCAUUUUGAUUCAGUCAAGUUUGAUUUGAGGAUCCAGAGACAUGAUGUGGUAUAUCAAGGUUUCGGUUAAACAUUUGAAUGAGUUCCUCGCAAGAGAUUGUUAAGUAAGCUGAGAGUUACCUCACAGAAUGACCAAUAAAUUUUUGAGUUGGAUUAAAACCUGGAUAAGCUGGAGGUGCAAAGUUCUUAUACAAUUUGGACAUGUGAUGAGGAUGAAAGAGGGUGACUUUUUGAAGGGCAUCAGUAGGAGGCCACCAGUGGAGAGGUGCUGUUACGUACACAAUACACAAGAAAUUCAUUUAAGCCUCGGGGGCACAGGGGGAUGAACUUUACCCCAGCUGGGAGUAAGUCUACCACCAGUGAGGUUGGAAGCAGCACUCUGUCCAUUCAGCCAGUAGGGUUCCACAUACACAAGUGUUAUUUUAGGGGGUCUGUGUCUGAUGGGUCAUUAUAUACACAUUUUUUUUUACAGGAUAUAUUUCUCUUCAAUGUAAAUUUUAAGUUACCCAUACAUAUUUAAUUUUUGUUUUUUCUUACAAGAAACAUUUUCUUCAGGAAAUAGGGUGGAAGGAAGUAGGAAUUUAAGACUAUGAAUUUUACUGAAAAUGUCCUGCUAAACAUUGAACCUGAAGACAUCUGGUGCUUGUCAGAGUGUGUGGGGAUGGUUAAGGCUCUCAAAUUAUACCACCCCGCCAACCUGCCGGGAGUUUCAGAGGCCUUGUAAUAUCAUGUUUCGGGAAUAACUUUUAGCAAAGCGUCGGAUAAGCCUGAUCAUUUGGCUAAGCUUGUUUCAGACCUCGCCCCAUUUCUGUCAGUAUGAUUUAUUAGCAAGAUGUGGAUAAUUAUUGUUUAUAAAGAGGUGCUCAAGGAUAAAACCUGCAGGUGAAGUGUUUCCUGCGAGGCAGCAAACGUUUUCUCGCGUUGUGCAAGGGCGAUGGGGUGUGUGGUGUGUGAAGGUCCCGCCAGUACCCAGAGACCAAGGUCCACAUGUGCUGUAAUUAUCUUAGUAAAAAAUCAAAUGGUGAAAAUCGGGUGAGGUCUGAAACAAGCUUUGUCAAAUUAUCAUCCUUAUCCAGUGUUUUGUUAAAGGUUUUCCCUAAAAAAUGAUAAUACAUGGCCUCUGAAACCCAUGGCAGGUCAUGUUAGAUGGCUGCCUCAGCUGCCUUGUUAAAAAUACUUGGUGUUUCUUGCCCAGCAGAAUAAAUGUUGUGACUUAAUAGAUGUCUCACUGAAAUGGAACUGUACUUAUACUCAUUGUCACUUGUCAUCACCAUCAUCAUCAUCAUUGUUGACUGCUACACAGAGUCACAGUGAAAACAUGAGAUACCCGCAGCAAUAACCCACAUUCUUUAGUUUCUCUCAGAGCUGUAGGACACACACACACACACACACACACACACACACACACACACACACACA